AUGGGAUUCCAAGUUUCCGACCUGUGGCAAGCCCCCGUGCUCAACCCGGUCAACAAGAAGGCCCGGAGCAUCCCCGUAUUCAAUCCCGUCAACCGACAUGGCCGCGUGUUUUUCUUCUCGUGGCUCGGCUUCAUGCUGGCGUUCUGGGCAUGGUACACAUUCCCGCCACUGCUCACAGUGACGAUCAAAAAAGACCUCAACCUCACGUCCGAGGAGGUGGCCAACUCCAACAUCAUCUCUCUCGUAGCAACGCUACUAGUGCGAUUCGUAGCCGGCCCGCUGUGCGACCACAUGGGGUCGCGCAAGGUGUUCAGCAUGCUGAUCCUGGUUGGCAGCAUCCCGAUCGGGCUGGCGCCGCUGGUCAAGAACGCGUCGGGGCUGUACGUGAUCCGCUUCUUCAUCGGCAUCCUCGGCGGGUCGUUCGUGCCGUGCCAGGUCUGGUGCACGGGCUGGUUCGACAAGAACGUGGUCGGCACGGCUAACGCGCUGGCCGGCGGCUGGGGCAAUGCCGGCGGUGGCAUCACCUACUUCAUCAUGCCGGCCGUCUACGACUCGCUCGUCCACAGCCGCGGCCGCACCCCCGGCGAGGCCUGGCGCCUGACAUUCCUCGUCCCGCUCGUCUGCCUCAUCGCCUGCGGCCUGGGCCUGCUGCUGCUGUGCGAGGACACGCCCAUGGGCAAGUGGGAUGACCGCCACGCCCAGGUGCAGAGCAACCUCGUGUCGCACGGCUUGCCGGGCGAGAUUGUCAACAUCACGGGCACCAAGGACCUCAAGGGCAGCAGCGACAGCAAAGAAGACGGCAGCAGCAGCAAGAGCGUGCACGGGUUCGAGCACGAGGCCGACAUCUCGCGGACCGAGGCGCUCGAGACGGCGCAGGGCGAGAUCGUGGUCAAGCCGAGCGUGCGCGAGGGCGUGCGCGUCGUAUUCAGCCUGCACGGCCUGUUCCACGUGGCCACGUACGCGUGCAGCUUCGGCGGGGAGCUGGCCAUCAACGCCAUACUGGCGUCGUACUACCUCAAGAACUUCCCGACGCUGGGCCAGACCAACGCGAGCAACUACGCGGCCAUCUUCGGCUUCCUCAACUUCAUCACGCGGCCCGCCGGCGGCGUGGUCAGCGACCUGCUGUACAACCGCUACGGCCGCAGCCUGUGGCUCAAGAAGGCGUGGAUUCAUGUCUGCGGGCUGCUGACGGGCGCCCUGCUGAUCCUCAUCGGCACGCUGAACCCGCACCACCUGCCGACCAUGGUCGGCUUGAUCGUGCUCUUGGCCGUGUUCCAUGAGGCCGGCAACGGCGCCAACUUUGCCCUCGUGCCCCACGUCUUCCCCUACGCCAACGGCAUCCUGUCGGGCCUGACCGGCGCCGGCGGGAAUCUGGGCGGCGUCAUCUUCGCCAUCAUCUUCCGCUACAUGGGCGGCGGCACGGACUAUGCCAAGGGGUUCUGGGUCAUUGGCGUGAUACAUGUCGCGCUCAAUUUGGCCGUGUGCUGGAUUCCGCCGCUGCCGAAGGGCCAGAUUGGCGGACACUAG